AGUUAUCAGUGGAGACUGGAGAGGACACGAAAAUGAUGGGCGGAGGCUUGGAUCGAGUGAAAAUGGCGCUGACCCUCAAAUUUAUAUCAGCAGCACAUAAACCCCUCUUAACAAGCUUCCCUUAUAAACCCCUUUCUAUCUCUUCAACAAAUGUUUCAUACGCUAUCCCCACAAACCUUACUUCUUGCAUUUUACCUGUUCGUAGAAAUGUUUCGCAAUCUUUCGCCUUGUACGCUUCUCAGACCAAUCCUUCUUGCAUUUUACCUGUUCGUAGAAAUGUUUCGCAAUCUUUCGCCUUGUACGCUUCUCAGACCAAUCCUUCUUUAGCCUCGGCAUCCGUUUCUGAUGCCUCUCCCCUUUCUGGAGUAGAAGAUGCUUUGGCUAGCUACAUUUUGGGGAAGAAGAAAGCUACUGAAGUAGCUCACAAAGUAUGGGAACGAAUUGUUCGAGAAGGAGAUACUGUCAUUGAUGCUACUUGUGGCAAUGGUUAUGAUACCUUGAUAAUGCUCAAACUGGUUGCUGGUGAAUCACAGCUGGGUCGUGUUUAUGGUUUGGACAUUCAGAAAGAUGCCUUAGAGAACACAAGUUCUUUGCUGGAACAAUCAGUCAGUCCAAAUGAGAAAGAACUUGUUAAGCUCAUCCAAUUAUGCCAUAGUAAAAUGGCAGAAGUUCUACCUGAGGAUACUUUGGUAAGGCUUAUUGCUUUCAACUUAGGCUAUCUUCCUGGAGGUGACAAAACGCUAAUUACUGAACCACAAACAACACUAGAAGCACUGAGUGUUGCAAAAGAUAUUUUAGCUCCUGGAGGACUAAUCAGCUUAGUGGUCUAUGUUGGCCAUCCUGGUGGCUGGCAAGAAUGGGAAACUGUCCAAGAGUUUGCUUCUAAGUUAUCAGUUGAAAAUUGGAAUUGUUGCAAGUUGCAGAUGCUGAACCGUCCAAUGUCUCCAAUUGUUAUUUUGUUGUUCAAGAAAUGUUGAAUUGUUAAAUUCAAUAUUGUUCAUUGAAUUCAAUAAGGUUGUUUCAAUAGCAGCUUUUAAAAUACCUAUACGAAUUCAAUUCAUUAUUUCAGGAUUAGAUGUAGAACCAAGUUCAUAAUUCUUUGUCUAUUUCUAUUUUUUUUUUUUGAUAAAGAAAUUCAAGCUUAUGUA